AUGCUACUCGUUCUACUAAGCCUUUCUUUACAAGUCUUCGCCGCCCCGGCAGACGUUGCACGUAGCGUCCAAGGUCCUACGGUUGUGAUCAACUCUCCGGAAGCGACGUUGAUAGGUUUACCUCCGUCCUUUCUUGCCCCUAACACAGAAGAGUUCCUCGGGGUUCCAUACGCACUUCCUCCAACGGGAGACAGGCGUCUCAAGCCUCCGGAGCCAAUCACUGAGCCCAUGGGCACGGUUUCUGCGCAGGAGAACGGAAAUGUUUGCCCCCAGUUCGUAUUUUCGAACAAUCUUGAGGGCUCCUUGCCCACCGCUGUUAUCGAGCUGUUGGCCGAAACCCCUCUGGUCCAGAACAUCACUUCCCAGAGCGAAGACUGUCUUGUCAUGAGUAUCAACCGUCCGACGGGCACAAAGGAGGGUGACAAUUUGCCAGUGCUUUUCUGGAUAUACGGAGGAGGCUUCGAGCUCGGAUGGAACAGUAUGUAUCCUGGGUCAAUAUGGGUCGAAGAAUCGGUCAAACAGGGUCAGCCUAUCAUUGUCGUCACGGUGAACUACCGGGUGGGCGGCUACGGGUUCCUGGGUGGAAAGGAGCUCACCGCUGAAGGAUCAACCAACCUUGGCCUUCUUGACCAGAGGCUAUGCUUACAAUGGGUGGCCGACAACAUUGCAAAGUUUGGCGGCGAUCCAGAGAAAGUGACGAUAUGGGGUGAAAGCGCCGGUUCGAUCAGCGUGUUUUACCACAUGCUCGCUUACGAUGGAAACAACCUGUACAAAGGGAAGCCCCUAUUCCGUGGCGGGAUCAUGAACUCAGGGACCGCAGUCCCCUCGGACUGGAUGAACUCCAGUAAACCCCAAGCCGUCUAUGACCGCGUCGUAGAAGUGGGAGGAUGCUCGAAUGCAGAAGACACCGUCGCUUGCCUUCGCGGACUGCCCUACGACAGCUUCAACCACGCAGUGAACAGCGUGCCCGGUAUACUGUCUUACAGCUCUAUCGCCCUCUCGUACCUCCCGAGACCGGACGGGAUGUUCCUGACGGCAUCGCCAGACGUGCUAGGGUACGAAGGGAAGAUCGCCAAGGUUCCGUUCAUCGUGGGCGACAUGGAGGACGAAGGCACGCUGUUUGCGCUGUUUGAGUCCAACAUCACGACGAAGGAGGAGAUCGUCGACUACCUGCACGAGCUCGUCUUCGCGAACCCGAGCCGGGACGUGCUCGCGGAGCUGGUCGACAUCUACAACGACAGCGACGAAUACGCAUCCCCGUUUCGAACCGGGUCGGCCAACAACUGGUACCCGCAGUUCAAGCGACUCGCCGCCAUCCUCGGCGACUUGGUCUUCACCAUCACCAGGCGCGGAAUGCUCAAGUUCGUCGCCGACCUGCAGACGGGGAUUCCGUUCUGGUCCUACCUCAACUCGUACUACUACGGCACGCCCAUCCUUGGGUCCGGGCACGGCUUGGACAUCAUAUCUGUCUUCUAUGGUCUGGCCCCGGGCUAUGCGACGACCGCGUGGAGGCAGUACUACAUCAACUUUGUCAACAACCUUGACCCCAACAAGGGAGUCACCGCGAACGGUCUCGCAUUCUGGCCCCAGUGGACAGAGAACCAGACCAUCAUUCAAAUGCAUCCGAACGGGAGUCAAUAUAUUACAGAUGACUUCAGGCAGCCAGUUCUCGACUUUCUGCUCAAGAACGUCACACAGUUUUACUUUUGAAGCCAUGAAGGGCUCUGCAGUUCGCGUUAAAUAGGCGUACAUCGUGCGCUGACAUUUUGAGGCAAUUCUGCAUGUGGGCUUGCGUAGUCC